CCCGCCUGACCGGAGGCCAGAUGUGCCGCCCACACUUGUUGCACAGCCCGGGCCUGCCCUGGCUGGACGGCGGGGCAUCUGGCCGUAAACCAUCCUCUGGACCCCCUCCCACGCGGGAGACCCCCGAGUCCUGCGUCUCUCCUUGUCCCCCUCCAGAAGGCCGGGAGUGUGUCAACUGUGGAGCCACAGCCACCCCUCUCUGGCGGCGAGACGGCACCGGCCACUACCUGUGCAACGCCUGCGGCCUCUACCACAAGAUGAAUGGGCAGAACCGGCCGCUCAUCAAGCCCAAGCGGAGGCUGACGACAACCACCACCUUAUGGCGCCGCAACGCCAACGGGGACCCUGUCUGCAACGCCUGUGGCCUCUACUACAAGCUGCACAAUGUUAACAGGCCACUGACCAUGAAGAAGGAGGGCAUCCAGACUCGGAACCGGAAGAUGUCCAACAAGUCCAAGAAGAAUAAGAAAGGGGCGGAGUGCUUCGAGGAGCUAUCCAAGUGCAUGCAGGAGAAGUCGGCCCCCUUCAGUGCAGCCGCGCUGGCUGGACACAUGGCGCCUGUGGGCCACCUCCCGCCCUUCAGCCACUCGGGACACAUCCUGCCCACUCCAACACCCAUCCACCCCUCCUCCAGCCUCUCCUUUGGUCACCCCCACCCAUCCAGCAUGGUGACCGCCAUGGGCUAGGGACUGCCUCCUGCGGGACAGACGGACGGAUGUCGAGGACUGGGAACUCCCAGGACGAGUGGACCAAACCCUUAGCUGCCCACCUCUCCCGAAGACUGAUGCCACUCCUGCCAGAGCCCAACACCACCUCUCCUUUGAGGGUGCCACAUCAGCCUGUUGGCAGUUACUGUGAAUACUCUCAAUGGGCCGAGAGGCUGCCU